AUGCGAAAGCGAAGUGGAAACCUGCAGCUCCUCGGCAUGUACCGCGGGAUCACGGGCUGGGCUGGCCGGAGCCACCGGGACACAGCUCUUGCAUCGCUCCCCUCCGUCUUGGGAAGUCCUCCUCCGGGGCUGCUGCUGGUCCUGAGCAUCGUCCGGGUACCUUCUGGGGGGGGAAAAAACUAUCUCAGCUGCAGCCCAGGUGCUGGAGAGUCUGGGAAAAGCACCAUUGUGAAGCAGAUGAAGAUUAUUCAUGAGGAUGGCUACUCGGAAGAAGAAUGCAAACAAUAUAAAGUGGUUGUCUACAGCAAUACUAUCCAGUCCAUCAUUGCAAUCAUAAGAGCCAUGGGAAGGCUAAAGAUAGACUUUGGGGAAGUUGCCAGAGCAGACGAUGCCCGUCAGUUGUUUGUUUUAGCUGGAAGCGCAGAGGAAGGCGUGAUGACCGCCGAGCUAGCCGGCGUGAUUAAGCGGUUAUGGAGAGAUGCUGGAGUUCAGGCCUGCUUCAGCAGAUCGAGAGAAUAUCAGCUGAACGACUCUGCAUCAUAUUACCUAAAUGACUUGGAUAGAAUAUCCCAGCCGACCUAUAUUCCGACUCAGCAGGACGUUCUGCGGACCCGAGUGAAAACGACGGGCAUUGUGGAAACUCACUUCACCUUCAAGGACCUGUACUUCAAGAUGUUUGAUGUUGGUGGCCAACGGUCGGAGCGGAAGAAAUGGAUCCACUGCUUUGAAGGCGUGACGGCGAUCAUUUUCUGCGUGGCCCUCAGUGAUUACGACCUCGUCUUGGCCGAGGAUGAGGAAAUGAACCGGAUGCAUGAGAGUAUGAAACUGUUUGACAGCAUUUGUAACAACAAAUGGUUUACAGACACGUCGAUCAUUCUCUUCUUGAAUAAGAAAGACCUGUUUGAGGAAAAGAUUAAGAAGAGCCCGCUAACGAUCUGCUACCCAGAGUACACAGGCUCCAACACGUACGAGGAAGCGGCUGCGUACAUCCAGUGUCAGUUUGAAGAUCUGAACCGGAGAAAAGACACCAAGGAGAUCUACACGCACUUCACCUGCGCCACUGACACCAAGAACGUGCAGUUUGUGUUUGACGCCGUUACAGAUGUCAUCAUUAAGAACAACCUGAAGGAAUGUGGGCUCUAUUGA